AUGGCUAUUGAUAAACGCGUCACAGAGAUUGCCGACUCGGACGAGGAGCCAAUGACGUCUUCGCCAUCCGCUGAUCCGUGUGAUGCAACGGCCGUGGACAAGCCUCCCGAUGCCAAUACUGCUGCCGAGAACACAGCUGGCGCCUAUGUCCACGGCAUGGGCGCGCCACUCGACAUCGAUGCCACUAACAUUCAUCGCAUUGACAUGAAGCCCAAAGACACAGUACCGGCGCAAGAAGGAACAGUACCUGGGCCGAGUCAUGACGACGGCAGCACCAGUCACGUGCCAGCUGCACACAACGGCAUGGAGCGACGAGCGUCAUCCACAGAGGAAGCGCAGUCCAGCACAGUUACAAAAGCUUCGAGUGGCACGUCCGCACAGGAUGGUAGUCUUGAAUCUGCCCACAAUACUACUAGUACAAUUGACCCGCAAACCCAGCACAGGCAAGCGCUUGCAAGACAGGACCACGUCAUGAGCAACGCGUCGCAAACUAGGUCCAAGGAUAUUAGCAAUGACAGCACAAGACAGAAUCCAGAACCUGUUCAUCCAAGCGACGACGCAGUGCACAAGUCUCGGGCCAUGCCAGCAAGCAUAUCUGAUGCGACAAGGACCUUGGCAGCAAGGGCGAACUCCAAAUCAACCACUCCAGGCCCUACAGGGUCCGACUCGGUCGUCUUGGGGGAUGAGCUAGACACUCCUCCACAUCCCAAUCUAAGUGAGAUUCAGGAUCAGGAAUCGCAAAUGAGUGCCGGUAAUUGUGGGGCACAAACUGUCCUCCAGGACACCAGCCCGUUCAUACCACAGCCUCGGAACUUACAAGGGGAGACUAAUAUCCGGAGCUUGUCACCCCAAGAGGACUCACCGCCAGAGGAAACUACAGGUUCUAGUCUCAAAGCGAGCGACGCGGCCCCCAAAUCCACUUGCAGGCAUCAAUCUCCUACAGGAACCUCGCCGACUGUCGCACGCAUAUGCCCAAAGACGCCUCAAGAGAUUACUCUAUCAGAACUCAAAGCACAGAAGGCUGCCUUGUUGGAGUCGCUGCGUACUCUCCCGGCCAUACAAGUCCUCAUAGAAGAACUUGCGUCUUCAGAUGCUGGGGCAGAUGGCGAAAGCGACGAGCCUACCGAGGCAGACAUCAUGGCCGCAGCGAACAAGAUCGUCAAAGGACAUAUCAAACUGUUGCAUGAAUACAACGAACUGAAAGACGUCGGCCAGGGACUGAUGGGACUCAUUGCUGACCAGCGAGCCGUCCGGAUUGUCGAGGUUCAGGCAGAGUUUGGUGUUGACGCGGAAGACUAA